GAAGUAAGCAAGAAGCCAGGCAAGCAUAAUUCGAAUCGAAACUCGAAACUGGAGUCCAAGACUUUUAUACUUUUAACCCUUGCUGUGGACCGUGGAGAUCCGUAAUGGACACUCAGCCUCACACAGAACAAAGUUGUGAGGAAUAGUUGCGGAAUUGGAAAGUGGAGUGAAGUUCUUUGAACUGUGCCAAGAUUGUCGUAACACUGACUUGUGGAGAAUUGAUUCAGGUUAUUUAUAUCUCUUGAGAGUAGACAAGGUUCUACAAUCACUGUCUGUCUAGAAUGUCAAAACGUCGCAAGUCACCGGACGAAAACUUUCCUACCGCUUCGCCUCGCAAAAGACAUCGUCUUGAACUUGAAGAUGAGGAGGACUCAGGAGGGGAUGAGAACGAUGAGUCGGUCAUCGAGAGCUCUCUCCAGGACUCCUCAACUUCCUUGCUGUUGGCUAACGGGCAGCUGGCCAGAGCUAGCGCGGCGUGUGCGCCGGUGGCGGGUGUCAUCAAGCGUGUCAGUAUGAGCAACUUCAUGUGUCACGACCGGCUGGACGUGGUGCUGGGCAGUCACGUCAACUUUAUUGUCGGACGCAACGGAAGUGGAAAGAGUGCUGUGAUGACGGCGCUGGUCCUGGGCCUGGGAGGGAAGGCGAGUGUCACAAGCCGAGGGAAUGCCGUGAAAAACUUCGUCAAGUCUGGCAAGAGAUCUGCCUGGGUGGAGGUGGUUCUGAACAACAAGGGCAAGGACAGCUACAAGCCGCACAUCUACGGUGGGAAGAUCGUGGUGCACCGGCGCUUCACCGUGGAAGGUGCUAGUAGCUACAACAUCAAGUCCGAGAAAGGCCAACACAUCUCAGACAAGAGCCAUGAGCUGGCCCGCAUCACUGACCACCUCAACAUCCAGGUGGACAACCCAGUGUCGAUUUUAAACCAGGACACCAGUCGAAACUUUCUCAACAGCAAGUCUGCUACGGACAAAUUUAAGGGGCUGAGGCCGAUGGAGAAGACGUUGAGCAACGAGAUGGAAGCGCUGCCACGGUUCCAGAAAAAAGUGGAGGAUUCUAAGCGCCAGGUGGAGGGUUGGGAGGUGCGCCACAAGGAGGUACAGGAACGACUGAUCGAAUGCAGUGAGGAGGUGAAGUCGCUGGAGCCUGUGCUGCAGGAGAAGAAGAGAGACAUACAGAAGGCCAAGGAGAGGCUGCAGCCCAUCCAGAUCAAGCUGAAGGAGUGUGAGCGGGAGCUAGCCGUCACUCGCCGCGACCGUAAGCAGUGCCAGGAGCGGAUUGAGGAGCUCCGCACCGCGGCGUCGCACGACUACGAGGCGGAGAGGAAGCAGAGGGAGGAGCAGAUUGCCAAGUUGGAGGGCCAGUUGGAGAAACUGUCACUGGAGUUGCGUGUGAAGGAGCACAGCGUGGAGCAGUUCCGAGGGGCCGUCGCCAAGAACAAGUCGGACCUGGCGGCCAUUGAAGCCCAGCUCAAGAGUCGCGAGCACCGGCUGCGAACGGUGGAGAACACGCUGGGCGACCUGCGGCGCGCCAAGGACGACCGACUGCUCAGGUUCGGCGCCUGGAUGCCCGCCGUGCUGGAGAAAAUCCGACAGAACAGCAGGAAGUUCCAUAGGGUGCCCAUAGGGCCGCUAGGGGUCUGCUUUGACCUGUUGGAUUCGAAGUGGGCCAUGGCGGUGGAGACGUGCCUGCGAGGUCUCGUGUCUUCCUUCGUCUGCCACGACCACCAUGACGAACGACUUCUGCUCAGCUUCUUCUCCGUCUGCCCGCGCAGCCGACGUCCAACUGUCAUCAUCUCAGCCUUCAGCGACCACCCCUACAACGUGACCAGUACGCGCACCAUCGAGCGCGUCGUGCUGAUAGAAGACUCAGGCGAGGCCCGCACGGUCAUGCAGAGACACCCGCCCAGGAACGCUCGAGAGUGCUUCACCCUGGAGGGAGACCAGGUGUACAGCGAGCCCACCUUCCGUUACUAUAGCAACGACAAGAUGUCGGUCAAAUUCCUGAUGGCGGACGUCGCGGAGCAGGUGAAGGCUCUGGAGAGAGACCAGGAUCACCUCACCAAGGAGAGGGCCAGGCUGAUUGAACAGGCGCGGUCUAGCAAGUACGAGAUGGGAAGGAACCAGCAGGAGGAGAAGAAACUGUUGACUCAGUGCAACAAGAACAAGGAGCAAGCGGCUCGCAUCGAUUAUGACAUCAAGGAGUUGAGGAACAUGGAGGAUCCUCUACCUGUGGACGUCACAGCUCUGGAGGAGGAGGUUCGUGGCUUCGGUGAGAAGGAGGUGGAGCUAAAGACGAGGGCUGAGGGUCUCCUGGAUGAGAAGCGGGUCGCAGAGACGGACAUGGCGGCCGUGAAAGAAAGCUACGCCGCCGUGGAGGCCAGUGUGAGGGAGAAGUCAGAUUGUGGCAUCCCUCUGCGAGAGGAGAUAAGCCAGGCGCAGGUGGAGGUGGAGAAGGCGAGGAACGAGAGAAAACAUUACCUGGCCAAGCUGAAGGAACAAGAGAGGAAGAUACAACUGCUGGAUGCUGACAUUGAGAAAUACAAGAGUGACCUUGAGUCUGACCGGGCCAAGGCCACGGAGAUCUGCCCACCCAUCGCCACCAAGCGGACGGACAGCAGCAUCGAGAACGAGAUACGGCAGAUCCAGAGGCGGGUGGAAGAGGAGGAGGAGGUGCACGGGAACGAGAGAGAGGUGAUGGAGACGUACAAAGGGAAGAAGGAGAGGUACGACCAGGUCAUGGGCGAGGUCAGACAACUGCGCAACUACCUCAGCAAGUUGGACGAGGUGAUGGAAAGGAGACAAGAGGCCUACCUGAAAAUGAGGAAGGACAUCGCUAGUCGGACAAAGUACUACUUCAUCAUCCUGCUCUUCCAGCGGAAAUACGGCGGGAAAAUGAUGUUUGACUUUGACAAGAAGACGCUGGACAUCCUGGUGAAGACGGAGGGAGGCGUGAAGGUGGACCAAGCGGAGGGGAAGGACCUCAAGGCCCUCUCGGGAGGGGAGCGUUCUUUCUCCACGGUCUGCUUCAUUCUCUCGCUCUGGGAGGCCAUGGAGGCGCCUUUCCGCUGUUUGGAUGAGUUUGAUGUGUUUAUGGACAUGGUGAACCGGCAAGUGUCCAUGGAUAUGAUGCUGGAGACGGCAGACAUGCACAAAGACAUGCAGUUUGUCUUCCUUACACCACAAGAUAUGAGGUCCCUCAGGAAGAUCGACAACGUGAAGAUUUUCCGCAUGCCUGACCCCGAGAGGUCACAGAAGACGCUCAACUUUAGUCAGAAUUCCACGGUCAGUUCAUAGAGGUCAGCGCCAAGAGGUCAUCUGUCAAUUUCCGAGAGAUCACAGAGGUCGUUGUAAUGGUGUGCCCGAAUUGAAAAUUCUCUGAACAGUGUACAGAAUUGAAAACUUUUUGACAGUUAUUGAAAUGUGGUCAUUGUCCUGAUAAUUCAGGAACAGCCCUUGUAUCUGUGUGUGUUAUGUGUAAAUUAUACGUGAAUGUUCGUCUUUUGUCUGUCUGUGUUAUGUAAAUUACCAUAUACUUUUUUGUUCAUCUUUUGUCUGUCUGUGUUGUUAUGUGUAAAUUACUGUAUACUUUAUUGUUCAAAUUCUGUCUGUCUGUGUUUUAUGUGUAAAUUACUGUGUACAUUAGUGUUCACUAUUGAUCAUCUUUUUUCACAUGCUUUCAUCUGUUCUGUUUUGAUCUGAACCCCCUCCCCCAAAACACCUAUAUUAUUAUGUUUAAGUAAUAAAUAUCAGAAAUAAAAAAUU